CCCGCCCGGUCCCGCCGCGGGAGAACCGGCUGACCUCGGCCCCGACCGGCCAGAGGCGCCCUCGCUGGCUCCGGUUGCUGGACAGCGGCGCCCCCGAAGAAGAAGCCCUUGGAGCGACCCCUGGGCUCGAUCGCUCUUCUCUUCCCUUCCUCUGUUCUUUUCUGAGCCGCUUUCUUUCCUUCUCCCCCCUCCUUCCCUCCUUCUGCCUCCUUCCUCCCUUCCUGGGUCCAGCCGCCUUUCUUCCCUUCCCCCUUCCAAGCCAGAGGAGUCUGUCCUUCUAAGGAGCUCAUUUGCCCUCCAUUUGGGAUUUCUGGGUCCAGAAGAAAGCCAAGAGAUCUGCCCCUCCAGCACAGCCUUUGCCACCAGGAUUCGAAUCCGCCACCCGCCCGCCAGAGAUGCCGACUGGGUUCCAGCAGAUCAGCGGAGAGGAGGAGGACUUGGAGGAUCGUGGGAGCAAGCUGACCUCCACCUUGAUCUUGUCGGUGUUCACAGCCGUCUUGGGAUCCUUGCAGUUUGGAUAUAAUAUUGGUGUCAUUAAUGCCCCUCAGAAGAUCAUUGAACAGAGCUACAAUGCCACAUGGAUGGAGCGCCAGGGCGAGGAGGCGCCCACGCCCAUCGACCCUGGCACCCUCACCACACUCUGGUCCUUGUCCGUCGCCAUCUUCUCCAUCGGGGGCAUGAUCUCCUCCUUCAUGGUGGGCAUCGUCUCAGAAUGGCUGGGCAGGAAGAAGGCAAUGAUUGUCAACAACGGCCUGGCCUUCAUGGGCGGGGCACUGAUGGGUUUGGCGCAGGUCGGGAAGUCCUACGAGAUGAUGAUCGUGGGACGUUUCCUCAUUGGGAUGUUCUCAGGUUUCGCUUCCGGCCUCGUCCCCAUGUACGUGGGCGAAAUCUCCCCCACCAACCUGCGGGGGGCGCUGGGCACGCUGCACCAGCUGGCCAUCGUCACCGGGAUCCUGAUUGCCCAGGUGUUUGGCCUGAGUUCCCUCCUGGGCACCGACGUCUUGUGGCCCCUCCUGAUGGGCCUGACCGUGGUACCUUCGGCCCUCCAGCUGCUGCUCUUCCCCUUCUGCCCAGAGAGCCCUCGCUACCUCUACAUCAUCCGCAACAAGGAGUCCAAGGCCAAAGAAAGUCUCAAGAGGCUGACGGGCUGUGCGGACGUGAGCGCCGCCCUGAACGAGAUGAAGGAGGAGAAGCGGCGCAUGGACCUGGAGCGCAAGGUCUCCAUCCUGGAGCUCUUCCGCUCCCGCAUGUACCGCCAGCCCCUGCUGAUAGCCGUGGUGUUGCAGCUCUCCCAGCAGCUGUCCGGCAUCAAUGCUAUAUUCUAUUACUCGACCGACAUCUUCACGAAGGCCGGGGUGGAGAGCCCUAUCUACGCCACCAUUGGAGCCGGAGCGAUCAACACGGUUUUCACCAUCAUUUCGCUGUUCUUGGUGGAGCGGGCGGGGAGACGCACGCUGCAUAUGCUGGGCCUGGCGGGAAUGUUUGUCUGCGCCAUCCUGAUGACUUUGGCCCUCGCCUUGCAGGAGAAAGUGCCCGCCAUGAGCUAUCUCAGCAUGGUGGCCAUCUUCGGCUUUGUGGCGUUCUUCGAGAUCGGGCCGGGGCCCAUCCCGUGGUUCAUCGUGGCCGAGCUCUUCAGCCAGGGGCCCCGCCCAGCCGCCAUGGCCGUGGCCGGAUUCGCCAACUGGACCUGCAACUUCAUCAUCGGCAUGAGCUUCCAGUCGAUCGCUGACGCCUGCGGCCCCUACGUCUUCCUCCUCUUUGCCGUCCUCCUCCUGAUCUUCUUGGGCUUCACCUUCCUCAAGGUGCCUGAGACGCGAGGGCGCACCUUCGAUCAGAUCGCUGCCACAUUCCGACGCACCCAGUCCUUGCUGGACCACGAGGUCAAGCAAUACACAGAGUUGGACGAACUGGGCCUGGAGAACCUCGAAUGAGCCGCAGGAGCGUGGCAGAAGUGGCCCACCCAGGGACGUGGGAGGGAAAGCCCGGCGCCGGUUAGCACUUUAUGGCAUCACAAGACGGAGAGUCCAACACACAGGCAGAGCGGACCCUCUAUCGCUUUAGGUUCGCCACCAUGGCUUUAGGUUAUUUUUAAAGACUUGUUACGUUUUAAGGCCUUGCAUUUUUUUAAAGGAAUUAAUUUAAUAAAACAGGACUGUUUAUUAUUUUUGGGGGCGUGGAUAGGAACACUGUGGCCUUUCUUUUACUUUUGGGCAGCCUUAGAAGUUUCAAUUUGAGGAGUCUCAAGAAGAUACUGGCUCUUUAUUGUCGCAAAAGAAAGUAUCCCCUGGGGACUCUAAGUAGGAGCCGCUCUUACGGCUUCUAGCAAGGCGUCUUCCCAUCUGGGAGCUGGACUACAUUAGCAUGGGAACAAAGAUCGAAGACACAGAGGAAUUUGGGACAUGGAGACCUUCCAUUAUUUAUAUGUGGAUUUUAGUUUUGUGGAACCUGGGCUGAUCCUUUCCUCUUUGUAAGCAGAGGUGUGGCUCAGCCCUAGAACCAAAGAAGUCAUCAAGCAAAGAGUACUCUGGAGCAUGUGCUGAGUGCCACCUCUUCACUGCUGAGAAAGCACAACCCCACCCAUGCCUGGGCUUUGUUUGGUGCCAGAGCUCGCAGGUUUGGGGCUUCGCCUCUCUCUUUUUUAAAAAAUGAAGCACUGAAGGAAUAAUCCAAAUGAGUGACGGAAACUUCUUCCAACGCUGAGCUCUGGAGCCUGAGGAAUGACAAGACAUUCUGGACAAAAGUGGCACGCAGCCACGGAGUCUGUGCUACAGUUGGUGCGGCUUCCACCAAGCAAUAAAUAGUCACCUUCCAGAA